AUGGCCUCCUCACUCUCGCGCACCCUCGUCGGCAUCGCACGCACCUCCACUCGCGCCAUCCACACCACCGCCUCGGCCUCAUCCUCCACCCUCUCGCCCGUUGCAGCCGCCCACAUGCGUCCCGUCAACGGCUUUGUCGGCGCCAUCGGCAACACGCCGCUCAUCCGUCUCAACCGCCUCUCGUCCGAGACCGGCUGUGAGAUCCUCGGCAAGGCCGAAUUCAUGGAGCCCGGUGGAUCGGUCAAGGACCGCGCGGCGCUGUUCGUGGUGCAAGACGCCGAGGAGCGCGGCCUGAUCCAGCCUGGAGGCACUGUCGUCGAGGGCACAGCAGGCAACACGGGCAUCGGUCUCGCCCACGUCUGUCGCAGCAAGGGAUACAAGUGCGUCAUCUACAUGCCCAACACGCAGUCCCAGGAGAAGAUCGACCUGCUGAGGAUGCUGGGUGCGGAGGUGUACCCGGUCCCCGCAGUCGCGUUCGAUAACCCGGAGAACUACAACCACCAGGCGAAACGGCAUGCGGAUCGCCUCGACAAUGCGGUGUGGACGAACCAGUUUGACAACACGGCCAACCGACGGGCGCACAUCGAGACGACCGGCCCCGAGAUCUGGGACCAGACGGACGGCAAGCUCGACGGGUUCAUCUGCGCUACUGGUACCGGAGGCACCCUUGCGGGCAUCACGAGCUUCCUGAAGCAGAAAAGUGGGGGCAAGGUGCAGUGCUGGCUGGCCGACCCUCCUGGAUCCGUGCUCCACUCGUACAUUCAGACCAAGGGCAAGCUCAUGGACCGCGAAGGAGGAUCCAUCACCGAGGGCAUUGGUCAAGGUCGAGUGACGGAGAACCUCAAACCCGACAUUGAGAAGCUCGACAACUCGGUCCACGUUCCCGACGAGGAGAGCAUCGCCAUGGUGUACGACCUGCUCCACGAGGAGGGCAUCUACGUCGGCGCUUCGUCCGCACUCAACGUUGUCGCAGCGAAGAAAAUGGCCCAGCAGCUGGGUCCCGGCAAGACGAUCGUCACCAUCCUCUGUGAUGGCGCAUACAGGUACCAAGCUCGCCUCUUCUCGAGGAAGUGGUUGGAGAGCAAGAAGCUCGACACGGCCAUUCCGGAGCAUCUGCAGAAGUACAUCGUCCUGCCCUAA